AUGCCAUCGUACGUUAUUACUGGAGCCUCUAGGGGCCUUGGAUGGGAGUUCCUUCGCCAGAUAUCCAGCGAUUCGAACAACACCGUGAUAGGACUUGUUCGUAGAAAGCGGGCAACCGAGGAGAAAGUGAAGGAAGAAUUGCCUGGCCGUACCAACAUCCACAUAGUAGAGGCCGACAUCACCGUUUAUGCUGCUUUAACGAGCGCGGCGGCAGAGGUUGCAACAAUCACUGGCGGGGAACUCGAUUAUCUGAUCGCCAAUGCUGGUGUCGUAUCCCAUUUCGAUGCGUAUGAUCCGAUCGGUGUUCUAGGACAGCAGCCCGAAGUCCUGGAGGAGGACUUGACUAAGUGUUUCAAAGUCAAUGUCGUUAGCAACAUUCACUUGUUCAACCUGUUCACGCCUUUAAUCCUUAAGGGUGGGGCUAAGAAGGUUAUCGCCAUCUCCAGUGGCCAGGCUGCCCUUGAUGUUAUUCCUAAAUUGGGAAUCGAGGUCGCUGCCCUUUACUCCAUCAGUAAGGCGGGCUUGAACACUGCCGUGGCUAAGUUCAGCGCGCAAUAUGCUAAGGAGGGUGUUCUUUUCAUGAGCAUUUGUCCCGGAAUGGUUGAAACAGGUCACUUUGUCGACGCAACGGAGGAGCAGAUGCAGGGCUUGGGAGCAAUGCUUGGUGCCUUUGUUGAGUAUGCGCCAAACUUCAAGGGCCCUGUUCCACCAGAGGCGGCGGUGAAGGAUGUUAUCUCGGUCAUGGAAAAGGCUAGUGUGAAGACUGGCGAUGGUGGCUCAUUCGUAUCGCACUACGGCAAUCAACAGUGGCUGUAG